AGCAGCGGACUGGCAGCGAAUUCCACGCUGCUCGACGCCGAUCACCUGCCGCUGCAAUUGACCACCGCCAAGGUGGACAACCUGGACAUUGAAAUCGACAUUCAACUGCUGACAAAUGGCUACGAUGGCACAACGUUGACAUCGUUCUACAAUGAGAGCAGCUGGACAAAUGCCUCUGAAAUGGAUACAAUAGUUGGUGAGGAACCGGAGCCGCUGUCACUUGUGUCAAUUGUAGUUGUUGGCAUCUUCCUAUCGGUGCUGAUAUUCCUCUCGGUGGCCGGCAACAUCCUCGUUUGCCUCGCCAUUUACACGGAGCGCAGCCUGCGACGCAUCGGAAAUUUAUUCCUGGCCUCUUUAGCGAUUGCCGACCUUUUCGUCGCCUCCCUGGUAAUGACCUUCGCCGGUGUCAACGAUUUGCUGGGAUAUUGGAUCUUCGGAGCGCAAUUUUGUGAUACUUGGGUGGCCUUUGAUGUCAUGUGCUCGACGGCGUCAAUUCUGAAUUUGUGCGCCAUCUCGAUGGACCGCUACAUCCACAUCAAGGAUCCGCUCAGAUACGGACGAUGGGUGACACGACGCGUGGCUGUCAUCACCAUCGCGGCCAUUUGGCUGCUGGCCGCGUUCGUCUCGUUUGUGCCCAUCUCGCUGGGCAUCCAUCGACCCGACCAGCCGCUGAUUUUCGAGGACAAUGGCAAGAAGUAUCCCACAUGCGCCCUGGACCUCACGCCCACCUACGCCGUCGUGUCCAGCUGUAUCAGUUUCUACUUCCCCUGCGUGGUCAUGAUUGGCAUCUACUGUCGGUUGUACUGCUAUGCCCAGAAGCACGUCAAGUCCAUCAAGGCGGUAACCCGACCCGGCGAGGUGGCCGAGAAGCAGCGGUACAAGAGCAUCCGGCGCCCGAAGAACCAGCCGAAGAAGUUCAAGGUGCGCAACCUGCACACCCACAGCUCGCCAUAUCACGUUUCCGAUCACAAGGCCGCGGUGACGGUGGGCGUGAUCAUGGGCGUGUUCCUCAUCUGCUGGGUGCCCUUCUUCUGCGUGAACAUCACGGCCGCCUUCUGCAAGACCUGCAUUGGCGGCCAAACCUUCAAGAUCCUCACCUGGCUGGGCUACUCGAACUCGGCCUUCAACCCGAUCAUCUACUCGAUCUUCAACAAGGAGUUCCGCGACGCCUUCAAGCGCAUCCUGACCAUGCGAAAUCCCUGGUGCUGCGCCCAGGAUGUGGGCAACAUCCAUCCGCGGAACAGCGAUCGCUUCAUCACGGACUACGCCGCCAAGAAUGUGGUCGUGAUGAACUCGGGCCGCUCCAGCGCCGAACUGGAGCAGGUCUCUGCGAUUUGACCAAAAGGCUGUCUGAAUCUCUCCGGCGGCGGUGGUGGAGCGUUCUCCUGGCUGCCCUGCGGAUGCGGAUGUGGCUGGGGAUGCGGAUGGGGAUGCGGUGGUCUGCGCGUGGACGACGACGACGAUGGAGCGCUGACCACGCGGUAUGUUCCAUGAGAUUCGGUGACGGCGCCCACGGCCACGAUUGUGGAGACCGUGGAGGCCGCACAGAUGGAGACGGAGCUGCUCUAGACCGGCACAAAUGGGUUCCUAAUGCCAGCCAACACUCGAUGCUCGAACCGCAAGCAAUCCCAUCUAAUCCCAUCCUCAACCCCGAUCCAGUGGAUAUGGAAACCUGUAAGUAUUAUCAGCGCGUCCCCGAGACUAAGCAAUCAACUAUGCGUAUACUUAAUCGCACUAGUAACUAGCUGUAAAUCCUUUAAGAGUAAAAUUAAAGAAAACCAAAACAAAACAAAAGCGAAACAUAAACUGAAACCAAAACCAAAACCGAAACCAAACCCGAAACGUGAUUAGGUCUAAGAUCUUCAACCCGGCACCUAAGAGCUUCUAGUUAAGUUUCUGUUUGGAUAUUCAUGGCGGUUUUCGCUCCAUGCAAAUGCGAUUAUUAUGGAGUGACACAUGUCACUUGCCAUACACACACACACACACCCACACAAAACAAAUACAUUUACGCACACAAACAAACCACUCAAGCUCACCAGCUGAACAAAAAAAAUGAGAAAAACGCUGCAUACAUCGCGGUGCCCUUACAUAUAUUGAGGCAACCCUACAUUUGAUUUAUUGAUGAGAAUUUAUGGCCAUUGAACGAACAGGGCUGCCAGCUGCACUCGUAAAUCAUGCAAAAUGAUUAUUGUUGUUAUUAUUACGGGCACAGAGCACAAAAGCUGUAAAACCCCGACCAUUCAUUCCCCCAUUGGUAAUAUAGUAUAAAUGUUAUGUUUAGUUGGAGUGCCGCGGUGAUAGCAAGUUUUAACGACCAAACUUUGCAGACUGAUUUGAAUUUAUGCGCGGAAAUCUGUUCCUCCCCAAUGUUAAUUAAGCCAACUGUGAUUGACACCGGCAAGCGAAACCAGUCGAAAGGUUAACCCGAGAAGCCUUUUCGGGUGCCGCAUUCUGAGCACUCUGAUUACCGGGUGAUUUAAUGAGCCGCACCUGCGAAAACACAGUUAUCAGCCGGCGGCAUAAUGAACAUGUUGCCCCUGGCAUCGCCUCUCCCUUUCCCCUUCAUCUUCACUUUCCCCAUCUUUCCACUUUCCCACUUGGAGUGUCUUGUCUUGUGUCCCAGAUUCCGGAUCUCAGCCAGUGGGGAAAACAAAUGUAAACAGUUUGCUCUUCACGCCGUGAUGAAAAAUUAUGCCAGCACAGGGAGAAAUAUCUAAUUUAUUACGUCUGACGAUAAGAUAAGAUAAUAAAUCAGGUUAAAUUAUCAAAAAAAAGCUCACGUCCAGUAGUUUAUCUCUAUUUGGUGCAAAGUUAAGUGUUAUAUUGUUGACAACCUAAUUCUACGUCCGUGUUUUGAUAAUAACUCUGUAGUUAUUACGUUUUGAUAAGAAAUAUUUAUUUAUGAGCUAAAUUGAUUUUGAGCUUCUAAAACUUUUAUAUUUUUAAUAACUGUUAAAAUUUCCUUCUUUUGAUUACUUAGUUUAGUUUUUGAACCAUAACUUUCAUACUUCGUGAAUGAAUUUUUCUUAGUGAAACUCCGUUUCGGAGCUGUAUUUUCCUCUGGCACUCGAGUUUCAAUUCCAGUUAUUUGCGGAUGCCGCAACUCUUUCCUCGGUCCUUCUCGGUUCUGUUAUUAAUACGAAGUACUUAUGCUGCCUCCUCCGAUUUUUCCCCUUCCAUUUGAGGCAAUCCGCUUACAACUUUUUCGGUCUUUGUUUAUUUGAUUCCCUUUCGCGCGUUCUCCUUUUCGUAUUUAUUUUGGCAGUUUAUUAAAACUUUGGCUCUGCUUUCGUCAUUUUAAUUACAAUACUCAGAACAAAAGCGAAACGGCAUUUGUUAUCGAAAACCACGCCCCCUGAACCGCCCAACACCCCAAACAAAUCGCCGGGAAAUCGUCAUUGCCACAACUGGCACGCAAUCAAUUCAACUUCAACUCCGCCAACGUAUACGCACGUGUCGCAGGUUCUUCGUUGAGUGAAGGCUUGAAAUUCGGGCCCUGAGUGCUUUAUGGCACACACAAAAUGGCCUUG